CUCCUGUUCUCCGCUCAUUCACAUGACCAAGGCAAUGUUCUUAUUGGCUAUUGUUGUACACUAGGAAGUUUGAGUUUUGCUUAAGACAUGUUUGUAGCUGUUCUUGAGUAGUUUUAUGUUCAGUCUAUAAGAAGUAUAUUGUUACUACUAUCAUAUGGAGUUCAAAUUCAAACCAGCUAGUCUGCCAUUCUGUUCAAUUACAAAUUUGUAUUUUGAAAGGGUUUAGGAUGCUAAGAUAUGAUUAUAAGUUCUCAAAUUGCAGUAGAGCUUGCAUUCUCAAGAAUAAAAAGGGAAAUACUACUUCGAGCCUGAAUCAUCAUCUUGGAGCCUUUUCCUACUUAUAUUUAUGGUUAAAAAUGUCUGAUUGGGAUGCUGCAUAAUAUAUGUAUUUCCAUUUCGGCUAGCAAUUCAGGCUUUAAUCAAAAGACAAUCAUUAAGCUUUCUCUGCUGGACAUUCCUUCUGAUGUUAUUUCAUUACAUGACAUGGCAGACUAAGAGAGGCCAUGACCACUAUGAUGAGCCACCAAUCAUUGAGCCAACAGAUGUAAGGCAUACUGCAGCACUUCUCGAAUACCUUCAUGCUCGAUGGUGCUCGCAAGAGAUCCCCAGCAAAUGGCUACAAAUAUCCUUGUUCAAGGCAUGGAUAACGUCCAAGCCAUGGAUACUGUCCUGGAUAAUCUUUUCCUUCCAUGUCCUGCCGCACCGGGGUGUUGCACAGUGAUUCCUUUACUUCUUGCAUUGUUGCCAAGUCAUUGACCAAAUGCAGUUUCCUCUGCCAACUGCAAAGUUUAUUUUUGCAGGGUUGCACAUAUUGAUAUUGCAUUAAUAUGUUGUGUUUCACGAGUCAAGCAAGGUUUUUAUGAAAAGAACCUGCAUGACAAGAGGGGUCUUCAGUGUCAAUGGUGCCAGCAGCCAGACAACAGACUGAACUGAAAUGUAGUCAGCACUAGCAUGCCAGGCAAAAGCCUCAGAUACUUAUAUUAAAAGAAGAGUUACAAUAUGUACAAGGGUCUCUGGCUACAAAAGCAAGAUUUGGUAAUCCUUAAUGGCAUUGGUAAUGAAAAAAUGUACUGCUAGUAGCAACUGGCUGGAACUAGUUCUACAGCUCAGUUUUCAGUACAGCGCAUGAUCCAAACUCAGCAAGAUUGGUGAUAUCAUCAAUAUUUUCUGGGAGCCUCCACUCUUCCAGUGUUCUGAACAAUCCAUGUGAUGUCUUUCUCUUGAUUGGUACUUCUCGACAUCUCCAACAUCUUCAGGCCCAAAGAAAGAAAAUGAAUCAUCAGUGGCAUCUUGGAGGCCACGCAUACUCAUUUCCAGCUUCUGAGCAUGCUGAAGAGUUUCUGCCAUGGUACCUGCAUGACAGACCACUUGAUUAUCUGAAUAUGUAAAUCAUUUCUCAUCUUCCAGAGAACCCACAACAAUGCUAAGGAUAUUCACGUUAACUAUUACUGGCAUGCCAUGUAUUAUAACUGUUUAUCUUGAUUUAUGCAGUUAGUUUCCAUGGCUCUAUCUGACUACAGUUUCAUCCAUAUAAGCUUGCAGUAUCAGUUGUUUUAAUAUUUAGUCUUCAUCUCGCAUGUAGGAAAAGCUAUGCAGUAACUUCACAUUGUUUUAUCUGAUUGCAGUUGCAUGGUUGCGCCCAUAUAAGUUUGCAUAAUGAAUUGUUUUAACUUUUGUUCUCCAUCUUCCAUGUAUGAAUCAGAGAAAGCGUGACUGGAAACUAGGUUAUUCGGUGAUGAAGCGAAGUAAGUUAGGUUUAUUUGAAUUUGGUAGAUAAUUUGUUGUUUUGAUUUUUUUUUUCUGCAAGAGAAAGAAUAACAGUGCAUGUAUCUUUAACUACUCUGGAUUUGUGAUAAAUAUUUUCCAUCGUUACCAUUCCUACGUUUUCUUCCUCUGGGAAUCAAACGAAUAUUCUAAUAUUUAUUUGUUCACGGGAUCUUAAAUCUAAUUGUUUUUCACAAUAUGAUAUUUUAGUAUUAUCACAUGAUAUCUUACUUGACGGGCUACAUCACCUUUCCUUUUACCUAGCCAAAGCUGAACGUUACACCAUUUCUCAAAAAUAAAAAAUAAUAAUUGAAGACUUACAUAAGUUCGUCGGAUCUAGACAACAAUCUUAUGUACUUAACUAGGAUAUCAUUUGGGUACAACAUGGAUGGGAAUACGUAAUCAGUGAUGCAACAACUGUCCAGCUAAAAGAAAACUGGCACAAAUUGAAUGCCACCAUGUUUUUUCCCCAUUGCUGCAUACUGCCUAAAAUUCAAAUGCUUCAGCAGUGCAGGUUCCUCGAUAUCAUCCUCAAAGGGCAUGCCUAAGACAUCCCAUUUAGGUCAAUCAACUCGUACUAGUACACAAAUUGUUCAUCAUAUUAUUUAGAUUGCGUGCAUCGCAAGUAUGGCCAUAUUGUGACAGAGCACAAAGCUAAGAUUUAUUAGCUCCAUGCAAAUUUAGGUCAACUUUCUAACAGGGCCAACACUUGGGUCAUGGAAAUUCUCUUUUCCUGGCAGCACCUUCAGGGCACUAGAAUAGCCCCUAGUCCAAGGGCAACUGAGAAAGAGACAUUUGUCCUUCUUGCAUUCGAACCUCAUAUUUUCAACAGAAAAUAAAGCGUGCACUUUUGCAACUUUAAUUCUACACAUCUUCCCAUGAAUGAAGAUUAUUAAGAUCUUAUUAUCGCACGUUUAAGUUAUUCGUAAUGACUAUUCCUGAAUGUUAUAGACCUACACUACCUGCAUUGCCACGAAAGUUCUCAUCCAAAGUCUAUUAAUACGUGUGCUCUACAUUAACUUGAGGACUCAAAAUUGCCGUCCUCGGAGAACUACAAUUCUGUGCAACCUACCCUUGAAGAGAGCAGAGAUAUGGAGACUGGAAAACAUAUCUUGUGCAGACAACCACCAACUUAUGGCAACCUCAUCACUAUUCUCUCGAUCGAUGGCGGAGGGAUUCGAGGAAUCAUUCCAGCUGUUGCUCUUGCCUUUCUAGAAUCAGAGUUGCAGAAACUUGAUGGAGAGGAAGCCCGGUUAGCAGACUACUUUGAUGUCAUUGCUGGGACCAGCACAGGGGGACUUGUGACUGCGAUGCUCACUGCACCAAAUAAGAAGAGAAGACCACUUUUUGCGGCGAAGGAUAUUCAAGCAUUUUAUAUGAACCAUGCUCCCAGAAUUUUCCCACAGCUCAGGGGUGCAUUUGGUAGGAUAAUGAGGAUACUUCGCUCAUUGUCAGGACCUUAUUAUGAUGGUAAGUACCUUCAUGAAGUUGUGAGAAAGAAGUUAGGAAGUGCCAGGCUGCAUCAGACGUUAACAAAUGUGGUAAUACCAACUUUCGACAUCAAGCGGCUACAACCAACCAUUUUUUCGUCGUAUGAGGUUAAGAAGAAGAAGAACACAAUGAAUGCUUUGUUAUCAGAUAUUUGCAUCAGCACGUCCGCUGCUCCAACUUAUUUGCCUGCGCAUUACUUCAAGACUGAAGAUUCUCAUGGAAACAUCAAGGAGUUUAAUCUUAUUGAUGGGGGAGUAGCUGCCAAUAAUCCGGCCUUAGUUGCCAUUGGAGAAGUAAGCAAGCAGAUAUUCAAGCAAGAUCCAGAUUUCUUCCCAAUAAAACCUAUGGACUAUGGCCGGUUUUUGGUCAUUUCACUUGGCACAGGCUCAUCAAAAUUCGAAGAGAAGUACGAUGCACAAAAGGCUAAAUCAUGGGGAGUGUUGGAUUGGUUAUGUAGCAGUGGAUCUACACCAUUAGUAGAUAUUUUCACACGGGCAAGUGCAGAUAUGGUGGAUAUUCACAUCGCUUCUGUUUUCAAAGCCUUACAUUCUGAGCAGAACUAUCUGAGAAUUCAAGAUGAUACCCUAUGGGGGACACUCUCCUCAGUUGAUGUUGCCACCAAGGAUAACUUGGAGAAACUUGUCAAUGUUGGAGAGUUGCUGCUAAAGAAACCUGUCUCACGGGCAAAUUUGGAGACUGGCCAAAUGGUGCCUGCUUGUAGUGACAUAGAGGAGACCAAUGAGGAAGCUCUCAAGAGAUUUGCAAAGCUGCUGUCUGAUGAAAAGCGAAUUCGCCAAGCAAGGUCGCCAAAAUGAAGUCCAGUCUCUUAUGUCUAUGCUCUGCCACAGCGAAAUUUUGUCAGCAUGGCAUACCCCAGUUACCAAUUUGUUGAUGUGUUUGUUGAAGUUUCAUUGUAACGUAGUUAAAUAAAUGUGUAGUGUGGCAUACUGAUUGCUAUAGUUUGAUAAUGUUAGGUGCCGGUGGUUUUAGAUAUGUAAAUGCAAAUAUAUUUUUAAAUAAAACAAAGCAUUUAAUUA